UGUGUCGCCUACAAGUGACGUCAUAUACGAGCGCCUAGGUUUCCGCCCUGCGUUAGCGCGAGCCGAGUGUUGGCGCUGAUUAGCAACACCAACACCAAAACACGCGAGUCAGCUCCGCGUACAAAAAUGUGUAAAGUCCGAAUCCUGAGAACGUUGGUGACGCAACGGCUGAACGUGGCCGUCGAAGAGAUAUUUGAACUGUUUGAGAGGACCAUCGCGGAGUACGAGGAGGAACUUUGUCGAAGCAAAGAGGAGAAAGAACGACAACGCCAACUCCUGGACGCUGUUCUCAAUCCUCAGGUUCGACUACACAGAGCAGACAUCCAGCAAGUGUUGGUCAAGAGUCAAGAAGAGACUCCCGCCUUGCGGCGGGAGUGGCGUUCCACGGCAGAGGAGCCUUCAGAGCCCCCUCGCAUUAAGGAGGAAGCGUGGAGCUGUCGGGAUGGGGAAGAGCUUCAAAAGCCAGAGGAGGACCAGGCUGACGUCACCGCCUUCAUGUUGACUGGCGGCAUGCAUGUGAAAAGUGAAGACGAUGGUGCCGAAGCUCAGCAGCAGCAUCAUCGUGGUCAAAGUGAGCAGAACACAAAAGCUGACGCUCCCCUGUCAGAUAUGGACGACGUAAUGUCACACUCGUCUGACACGGACCACAGCGAGCGCGCCAAGGAAGCUUUGGAUAAGAAUUCCCAAGGCAGUCCAAGACAUCACGAGGACAACAAACAGUUCAAGUGCUCCGAAUGCGGCAAAAGAUUCGCACACAAAGGAAGCUUAAAAAUCCACAUGAUCACCCACACGGGAGAGAAACAUUUUGCUUGCUCUUUUUGUGCCAAAACCUUCUACUUGAAGCAUCACAUGAACCGACACAUGCAAAUCCACACGGGGGAGCACCCCUACUCCUGCUCAGUUUGCGCUAAAGGCUUCCGAGAUAAGUACAAACUCAUCAACCACAUGAGGACGCAUGUGGCUGAGAAACCUUUUGCUUGCUCGCAAUGUAUGAAACGAUUCUUCAGUCGGGAAUGUCUGGCUUUGCACGUGGCGACACACGUGGAGGAAAACGCAAAAGCCGGAGGCAGCUCCAGUCAGGUUCAGUCACAAGUAGUGAGCAACUUUGCUCCGCUUUCGGAUGUGGACGACGACGAUGACGACGCAAUGUCUCGGUCUUCUGAUACGGAUCACAGCGACGACGCCAAAGAGGCGGAUAAGAGGCCCGACGGGGACGGUGACAAUAGUAACUUCAUCUGCUCCAAAUGUGGGAAAACCUUUUACCACAAGGGACAUUUGAACAGACACAUGAUCACGCACACCGGGGAGAAACCUUUCGGCUGUUCAUUCUGCGCCAAAUGCUUCACCCGCAAGUCCGAUCUGAAAGUGCACGUACAGGUUAAGCACACUGGCGACAAACCUUUCAAAUGUACCGUCUGCGCCAAAACCUUCCCCGUCAAGAGAUAUUUGAUCACGCACAUGAGAAAGCACAACGCCGACCUCCCGUUUAGCUGCUCGGCGUGCGGCAAGGGUUUCUCCGCCAAAGAGGAAUUGGAAACGCACAUCGCCACGGACGCCGAAUGCGGGGGAUCGCAAGGUGACGACGCGACGCCGCACUCUUCGGAAACGGACCACAAAAAGAACCCCAAAGGCGACGCCGCGCAGCACACGGGCUUCAUCUGCUCCGAAUGCGGCAAGUCUUUCGUCCAGAAGGCCACCUUGAACCGCCACAUGCGAAUCCACACCGGGGAGAAACCUUUCGGCUGCACCGUUUGCGGCAAACGCUUCUCCCGCAACGGCGACUUGACCAUCCACAUGAGAACGCACUCGGUGGAAAAGCCCUUCAACUGCACGCUGUGCAGCGAGUCCUUCUCCCUCAAGCACUACCUGAGCGUGCACAUGAAGCGCCACUUUGCCGACAAGCCUUUCGCUUGCUCCGUCUGCGCCAAACGCUUCAACACCAAGGCGCACCUGAAGACGCACAUGAAGCGACACACGGGCGAGAAACCCUUCAGCUGCGAGGUGUGCGGCCGCUGCUUCUUCUGCAAGCGGGAUGUCAGGACGCACAUGAGGACGCACACCGGGGAGAAACCCUUCACCUGCCCCGUGUGCAAUAAAGGCUUCUCCACCAAGACUUACGUCUCCAUGCACAUGAGGACACACACCGGCGAGAGGCUCUUCAGCUGCGACGCCUGUCAUAAAAGAUUCACUUUCAAGACACAAGUCUACAGUCACGUGUGUACCGGAUACGAAACCAGCAAUAACGGCACCGCAGGACUUUAAACAGCGCGCCAGACCACCUGUCGACUUGUUUCAAGUCCUGUCGUGUUUUGUAUAAAUCUGUUCAACAUGCUGGUAGCACAAUGACUUACUGAUAGUCCCAUCUGACUUUGGGUGAAAGAUGGUCUACAUCCUGGACUGAUUUUCCAUCCUGACAAGACAGAAUUCAAACCCAACCUGACAAAAAGGAGAAUAGUAGCUAAAAAUGUUUUUAAAAAUUAAGGCAAAUACAAAUAUGACAAAAUUGCUCUAAAAAUGACAAACGGAGAAAAGAAAAGACUAAAAGAAGCUAUUUAGAAGAUAGGAGACCAAAUUUCCCAAAAAGUAACAAAACAACAAAAAAAGAUUAAAAAUUGAACAAAAAUGACAAAAACGAAUACAAAUUGGAACAAAAACAUUUUUUUAAUAAGCAGACACUAAAUACAAAUAUCCGACAAGUCCAGUCAAAACUACCCAAUAAUGGAAAAAAAGGCAACAUACCUCAGACAGGAAAACACAUAAAAUUGCAAUUUUAAAAUGGGCAGAUAAAAACCUAACAAAAUGCGCCAAUUAUUGACUCAAGGGUUGGGAAUUCGCAGCUCUAAAUAGACGUACAUAUAAUCAGCGUGAAUUCAGUGCUUCUCUCCACCGUACAUGGAUGUGCCCUGCGACAAGUCCAGGAUGUAGCCUGCACCCCAAACGAGAAGUACAGUGGAAAACGGAUAGAUGAACUAAUUAAAGGUGAUUUUACACUUAAUUUCUAUUUAUACUUGUCCGAGUGUUAGGAUGUAAUUGAAAACAUUGCCCGAACAGAUGUUUUAUGAUGCUCACCACCUGGAACUAAUUAAAGGUUUUUUUAUUUUUUUUUUUUAUGCA